CGCUCGAAAACAGAAUCCGACUGAUCCCGGAUGACGUCAUUUACAUUCCCGAUGCGCUUCGACUGAUCUGUAGAUUGCAUCCGCAGCAUGGAUUCUGCAUUGCAAAUCAUUCGAAAAUUUGCAGUCUUCGAAAAUCUGUGGAUUGCUUUCUUACUCUGCGCUCUUAUUUUGCUGUAUUGGUAAGUUAAACACAUCUAAGCGAAGUAUAUCAUUGCACACCGAGGAGAAGUUCAGUAUAGUCGUUGUUUACUUUGCGAGAUUAAUUGUGCCCAUCUUGGCUGCUCUUUGGUCACGAUUUCGUCCUUCAUUUGGUCUUUCAGACAACAGAGUCAAAUCUUGAAUGUUACCAUUUUAAAGUCGGGGGGCUGCGAUUUUUCCAUCGCUGUGUGGAACAAGAAAAGGCGCGUUACGGGCCAUUUUUAUCUUGUACCACUUUAUCUUGUACCACUUCCAAAUCGCUCCACCCCGUCCGGCCUCUCAUGCAUAUGUAGCCGUAGGUCUGUAUAGGAGGCCAAUGUUCAUAACCAAAGAAAUCUGUUUCUAUUUGCAAAUGUAGUUGUCUGUAGAUCAGGUGUAGAGAUAGUGUACGAGGUACUACUUGUAAAAAGUAAGCCAAGAGAGCAUUUUUGGUGAUUCGUCUGAUCAUGAGGGGCUUUUGGAGAGCGGCUUAAUACUGAGCUGAUACAUUUGAACUUGCUUCAUUCAAUGCAGCAAUGUAGUUUUGACCCGUUUGAUUUGUACACAUGCUCACAAAAAGAUUUUCUGAAUUUUACUCAAUGCUUGAUAAUUUUCAUUCCCAACUGAGAAUGAGAUACUGUUUGUCGUGACAAAGAUACCCUCCCUUCCCCCGCUAAAGAAUGACAGGUUUUCAAAUAGGGUGGUUCACAUUUUUUCUUCAAAGUAGCCGACAAAAUUUUGGCCCUUCAAAACAAAUUUAUCGAAGUUUCCAACCACGACAAAGAAUAAACCCUGCGGAUUUCAUUUUUCAAAGGGCGCUAACAAAAAUCUAAGCGUUCGGAUUCCAGAUAAGGUUGGGAUUUGGAGAUAAAAAAGGAAUGUACUAUGAGAACCCUGGCAAGAGGUAUUAAAGAUGUCUUAAAAAUAACCAUCCUGGCCCAGUGUGUUUUUGAAGGCUAUUGUGUAUAAUAAACAAUGAGUGUUCUUUUACCAUCAAAGUCAAAUUAAGACAAAUGUGUUGAAAGAGGGAAAUUGAGGGUCAGUUGUGGUUGAUAUUCAGUGGAAGCUCUCUUACUGGAGACCCAUAAGCAGACAGCUCUACUUGUGGCUGGCUGCCCUGAGCUGACACCUGAAAUGAAAAUAAUCUUAUUCACCUCUGAAUCUUGCAUUUUGUUACUGCACUUUUCACAGACAUGCGAACUCUAAAGUUCAAAAGCUGCCUUCACAGUCAUGUUUUUCGCUGCCGUCAAUCAUAAUUAUGAUCACAAGCAACGAACCUUGAAACACAGAAACACACAAAAGGGAUCGAAAUCCACCAAUCACACAUCACAAACCAUGACCUUUUGAACCCGUUAAAGUAAAGUUUUGUUUCCUAAGAGGUUCUUUAAGAUGAUUGACGGCAGUGAAAAACGCAAUCGUCAGUUGGCUUUUGAACUUCAGAAUUCGCAUGUUUGUGAAAAGCGCAGUAAUUAAAUAUUAUAAAAACUUUAUAUUGCUGUUUAUCACGAUGAAUUUAUACCAGUUUCAGUGUUUGUUUGUUUUUUUUUUUGGCACAUAUACACAUAAGUUGCCAUCUAACCCUUACAUCUCUUGUAGUCACCUAUGAGAACCAUUCUGUAAGCAUCCAGCACCAGUAACAGACACCAUCCUUAGAGUGUCCUGCGAUUAUAAGAGCUUUCACUGAACUCAAACAUAGUAAAUAUAAUGGACCCCAAGAGACAGAGCUAUAAGUAUCUACAUCUUUACAGCUGCGUGACUGUUUAGUAUCACAGAGCUAGGGAUUGUGUGAUGAUUAAGAUUUCAUGGGACCAGGUCAACUGGGUAGUGCACAAAACACAUCAAAAAGCAUAGCAGUGUCUUUUCGAGACAUUGAAUUUUGACUAUUACAAGUUCAUGCUGAUUGUUGGCUGUAUCUCUCCCUUUGCCAACCAGGUAUGCAGUGGCCCCUUUUUCUUUCUUCAAGAAACUUGGGAUACCAGGUCCUGCCCCAUGGCCAUUUGUGGGAAAUGUUCCUGAAAUGAGCAAAAAGGUAAAACAUGUGAAGUUAUGUCACAUAAUGUUGAAAUAAGAGGAAAACGCAAUAUACAUUAGUUAUUGUACUAUGCUAUUAAUGUUUCAUGCAGUAAACUUCCACUUAUAAGCCCUGGGCUUAUACAACUUUGUACAUCUGUAUGGGUUUUUGGAAGGCUUAUAAAUGGGGGACUUAUAACCGGAAUACAAAAAAGCAUUUCAAAACAAGCUACAUAGCAGGGCUGAUCAAAAUACUUUUUGAAUUUACAGUCGACUCUCGAUAACUUGAACCUUCAAGGGAAAUCGAAAAAAGUUCGAGUUAUCAGGAGCUCGAAGAAAAUAGCCGGGAGUAAAGAACAGUUUUUACUGCACAGUGAACAUUUUAAUCACAUUUAAUUGUGGAAAUUUUAAGUGAAAAUUGAAAGAUACUUCUAGCUUAUACAACAGAACAGAACAUGGCAAAACAUUGCCUAAUUAUAAAUUAAUAGAGCAGGCGUUUUACUGUUUUGAGAAGUAAAGCUGUUUGAUUUGUGACAAACAACAUCAACCUAGACUGGUAAACUAUAUGCCUACAACGCAUCAAUGGGAAAUUCAAAAUUCAAUGUUUAGGACGCCAGUACGCUGUUUUUUCCGGACUUUUAAGGGCUCAAAACAUGGUUUAGAGUUAUCGCAAGUAAAAUUAUAUAGACAUUAUCUGAGAGGAAACAAAAAUUUCUUUGAGUUAGCAGGAGGUUCAAGUUAUCGAGGGUUCGUGUUACUGAGGGUAUUAAAGAUAGACCUUUUUAUGGUUUAUGACGCCAUCUUGGCUGGGGGGCAAACAUGGCUAAAAUUACAGUAAAUGUAUGAGAUUUUGGCCCACUUGGAACUGCAAAAAAACUAUUAGAAAGAGGUUGAUUUCCAACAUUUGCCACUACUUAAAAUAUUUUUAUUGACAUCAUUCAUUCAACAAAAAAAUAAGGCUAUUAAAGAAGGUACAAUGUCUGUAAAUUCAAAAUAUAAAUCUUCUUAUGUGGCUUCUAAUUUCAUGGUAGUUUGCAUAAUGUUGAUUAGAACGGUUUGUAUGAAAUCUUAACAAUUCGUUUAUGGUCGUUAUAACCUUUAUACUUCAUGAAAAUAAUCUCAGUAGAAAUUUAUUUUAAAAUACAUUUUCACUGUGGAAAUCCGCCUCUUUGUAGCGACGUUAUAGCGGUUCAAAGUGGGACAAAAUCUCAUACAUUCACUGUAAUUUUAGCCGUGUUUGCCUCCCAGCCAAGAUGGUGUCAUAAACUGGGAAAAGAUCUAUUACAGUAAAUGUAUGAUGGAAAUCCAGGGGAAAUCGAUUUUGGUUCGAGUUAGAGCGAGGUUCAAAUUAGCGAGGGUUCGAGUUAUUAGGAGUCAACUGUUCUUGCUUUUUAAGCCUCAAACCAUUUUUAUUCUCUACAGGUAGAUAUUGGCCUAUAACUUGAGGGGAGGCUUAUAUUGGGGGGGGUAUAAAUGGAAGUUUAUGGUAUACCAGCUUUGUCAUUAGAAAGUGCAUAAAAGCUGCUGCUGAGUCUAUACCGGUAAUUUAAAUUUACCACUAAAAUCACUGUUAUAGCAACCCUAACAAAAUGAUUCUUGCAACCAUACAAAGCACCCUGUUUGGUCAUGAGACUUUUUGUUUAAAACAGCUUACAAUGUAAAUGUAAGUGAUUUGACUGGAUGCAUUCAAUCGAUGUGAUCCAGGUGAGAAUCAGUUAUCUGAGCUCACUCAGAAUGGUAUCAUAUGAACCAAUGAAUCCUAUCUCAGGGUGGAUUCGUCAAAUCCUUUUAUGUGCUAUGACCUGAGUGAUCUUGUAUUGCUGAUCCAGAUCAUCCCAAUGUAGCACAUCCAGUGUUCUUUGCUCAGGCAGCCUGCUUAUUUACAAGUACAAUAGUUUCUAUAUAUAUAUACAAACAUAAUUAUGUACUAGAUGAGUAGUAAUGAAGUAAUUUUUUACGUUAUAUUUAACUUAACACUUAUUUGUCAUCUCUUAUCUUGGUGCGAGUUCCAAAGCUGCCUACUAUUUAUUAUCAGCCUGCUACUUGAAACCUUUUUGACAGCCCUGCUUAAGCAAUAAUAGAACUGACAUUCUUUGUUUUUUGUUGACUAAUAAUGAUAAUAAAUUGUUGAAAUAUUGGUUGUUUCAGCCUAAACAGCUGUUUGACAAAGAGGUUACUGAAAAAUAUGGAAGAGUAUGUGGGUAAGGAUAAUAAGAGUAUGUGAUCAUAACUUCUGUUCAUUAUUUUUUUGUACAUUUAUUGGGCAGAGUACCAGUUCUUGUGGUUGAAAUUAGGCCUAUUAUCCAGUAUACCCCACUUAAUCAGUUAUCAUUUUAGUGUGCCUUAUGCAACCUUUGGUAACUGUGCAACACCUUACACCUGUGUAUAAUUAACAGAAAAACUCAAGGCGUGAUGGUGUUUGGACCUGAUGGCUAACCAUAGUGUAAAUUGGCUCGACAAUAAUUUUGAAAUUUGGUCAGACAAUGUCCAAUGACCAACUCUAGCCUAUUCCCAACAUUAUACAGUGUAAGUUAUAAGUUAAUUUAUGCCACAUGUUGAAGAUAGCAGUGAUUUUGUACAUAAACUUUUAUCUACAGGUAUUAUUUAGGACGCAGUCCUGCAUACCUUAUAUCUGAUCUAGAUCUCCUGAAACAGAUUACAGUGAAAGAAUUCAGCAAAUUUACCAACAGACCACUUGGAGUAAGUAGUAAUGGAUAUUUGUCAUUAUUAAUUGUACAGGAUGUGAGGGGCUGCCAAAACUACAAAAGAGUUGGUUGUUGUCGUUGUCAUGGGUCAUUUUCUGGUGAUUGUGUUGAUCAUUGUGGGUCAUUGUGGGUAGUUUUGGCUAGUUCCUUGUUUUAGUAACUGCGACAAAAUUGCAGCAUUACCAUUCGCUGAUAAUGCCUCAUGAUUAUGUUGAAAUUACAACAUUGCUAUGGCAACAUUGCAUUUAUCUGAGUCCCAAGAUGGUGUCCAGAUUUAAGUAUUUAGGUUGGGGACAAUCAUGUAGUGUGGUCUGAAGCCAACUACUACUACUCUUGACAUAUGCAUUUAGCUAAAAAGGUAACAUUUAAAUGUAUUAUUCAACCCAUAAACUUGUGAGAAAUAAAUUACACAUAAAAUUACUUUCAUCGGCCUUAUAGUGCAAUAACCCACACUACAGCAAACCUUAUCAAGACACAAUAACAAAAAUAUAUCUAAGGGAACUGCGAAGAAAACUAAAACAAAUUCUCUUUGGAUAAUUUGUACUAAAUUAUACAAUGUGAUCGAAAUUCUUGAAUUUUAUAUCAUUGAUAUUUGAUUCCGUAUUCUGUAUUCUCUUUCCAUUUCCGUGCUUCCAUUUCCAUCUCCAGAUUCCAGAGUUUAUGUUUUAGUGCUGCCCAUUAAAUCACUAGGUUCUUAUAUGCGGGUUUUUACUGUAUUCUACAGUGAACUCUCUCACAGUGACCACUUCUCAUAAGCAACCAACUUAGGGACCACUUAUCUGUUUCAAAAACUCUCUCCUAAGCGACCACCACUAAAAAUUUCUUAUAAAACGACCAUGAUGACUUUUAAAUUAAGCCAGAAAUUUGGCAUAAAUAUUCUUUAGUUUUCUGUUGCAUUUAAGCAACCAUCAGUUAGAAAUACUCGAAUGAGACGAAAGUUCAGUUUUUAAUAGCACUACACCAAUCAGUGCUAACAAAUUACCAAUACAGCAGUUGAUGUUACAGGGCUCAAAAUAACAGCCAGUCAACAGACAAUGUCCGGCCUGAUCGUGGACUUGACGGGUCAAACUCUCGUCUUGCCGGUCAUUUUGACCAGUCAUUUUUGGAUGCGAACAUUUUAUAAUAUUUUCCAUAUAGUUGUCGCUUAAAGCGUUUUUCUCUAUGUCCGGCCUGAUGGUGGACUUGACUGGUCAAACUCUUGUCUUGCCGGUCAUUUUUACCAGUCAUUUUUGGAUGCGAACGUUUUAUAAUAUUUUCUAUAUAGUUGUCGCUUAAUGCGUUAUGCUCUAUAACACUGUACUGAUUUAUUUUUCUUUGGCUUUUUUUUUGCUGCUUUGCACAAAAACCUUUAAAGAAGAAGAACACCGCAAUAAAUUUCAUGUCGUCAUGUCGUAAUGAAAGGCAACAAAGUGAAACAACAACAAACUGAGUUGUGGAGUAAUGCAACGAUGCAGCAGGUCGCACUGGGUGUGAUAAGUAAUAUGACCUUCUUUGGGAAAACAUGCAGUAACAAUAAUCUGCUAUCCAUUAGAAAACUAAAGGACAGCUAACAGUUUUUGUCCAUCUAACAUUUCAAAUCUAAUGUAAGAGGAUUGUGAAAAUCACCUUCGACGGAAUUUGGGCAAAUCGAUCGCAAUUCUCAACAGGUCGCCCUGUACUGUUUCUCCGGAAAUAAAUUUUAGCGCAUCGAUUAAUUAUAAUAAUUUCUUUAUGUCGAACAUGAAUCUCGUUUGCGGACUUGAUUCCAGAAUUGUCUAAUAAAAAUAUAAGCUAAUUGAGAACAAACGUUGCCUAUCUCGGCGCUUAAAAUCCUCCUUCUUGUUUGUUAAUGAGCCGUUUGCUAUAAAGUGUUGCGCGACAACCCAAACGAAAGCUUUGCUGUAUAUUUAUUGACUUCUGAUGAUAAAUAUGCUGUUUGUGGCACAGAUUUCUUUCCAAAUCAACUUCUCUGCCGGAAAAAUUCUUUGUGGAGGAGACCUUUCGAUCACGUGCCGGGCAACGAAAAGAUCAAGUUUCAUCGAUAUGCAGAUAUGGGACGAACCUUGCAGACUUCAGACACCACCGUAUGAUGAUACUCAAGGUGAUGUAAACAGACGUGAAAACGGGCAAAAACUGCGGAAAGGAACUCAAAAACUUGUGAAUGAAUUUUUCACCAACUUGCCGCCAAAAACCUGAACGUCAAUACAGUAGAACGAUCUGUUGCCAGAGUUGACUGAAGCUAAUUAAAUAACUUAAAGUUUCAUUACUUUUUUGACAGUGUCAAUUUUUUUUGCAGCCCUUAAGUGCGUCAACUGGUGUUCAGUCUAAAGUGUUACUACAGGCACAGGAUGAGGACUGGAAGAGAAUUCGUGGAACAAUAACUCCAACAUUCAGUGCACAUAAGCUGAAGCAGGUUUGUUUAAUCAUUGAAGCCCCAAUAUGCACAUACAAAUUCUUUAAUUAUGAACCGAUUCAUACAUUUCCUUAAAAAAUUACCUGGAAGAAUUUGAUAACAGGUCAAAGCAUUUUCCUGUAGAUGAUUAUUGUUAUAAUUCUCAUAAUCUUUUCUCUUGACUAUGUAUUGAAGGGAAAAAAUAUCAGUGAUGUUGCAAUUGAUCACUCUUUUGGACCUAAAGUGUGAAACAAAUAUUUAGGAUUGCUCAUCUUACAUUACCUUGCCUGAUGGUUUUUACUUUUUAAAGGCCUCACUGGUAUUGCUAAAAUUAAUCUAAAAUAAAUCAAACCUCUUUAAAGAGACACCUAAGGGACAGAACCAAGUGUCCACUUUACAUUGGUGUCCGUAUUAUCGAGGUAGCUGGGAAUGUAUGAUUUUUGGUAUUUCUGGGACCAAACGAACUUUCCGUAAUAUAGAGAGGUGUCCAUAUGGAGAGGCUAGACUGUACACUCUACUUCUCAAAUCCUUUAAUAAAUAAUCUUCAAGGCUUUAGGGGUUAUCAUCGAUAAGUAUCAAACUACCCUGCGGAGAUGAGACUCGCACUCAAUGGCUGAAUGGUGCCACCAUAUGUCCUUUGUUAAUUUAAUCCAUUUAUUAUCCUUAUAGUUAGUGUAGGUUGUGUGUGUGCACACUACUUAAAUAUAUGUGCCCACUUUACUUAUUUAAUAGAGCUGUACUUUUAGUUCGUUAUUUAACACAUAAUUUUACAAUUUCCUUGGGUUGUUUUCCCACUCCUAUAACUUUUCAGUAACUGUGCUCACAUUGUGGGUGGCUCCCCCUAACAUGUUCUACAAUUGGUAUAGGAUAUGGAGCUAAAAGCAAUAGUAUUUGUGGAAUUGCGCAUAUUUUAGGUAUCCUACAGGGCCGAGUUGUUCAAAGCCGGGUUAAGAUAACCCAGGGUUAGUGCGAGAUUUGAAUUCAGAUUUGAAACCUUAAAAAGCAUUUCAGUUUUAAUUCUUUUUGUCUACAAGUUGAUGAUUGAAAGCUCUAAAUAUAACAGAGAAGAUUAUCCGAGAAAAUGCCUUUGAACACAGGAAAGAGAAACCCGGGUUAAGCGCUAAUCGGCCUUCGAACAACUGGGCCCAGAUGAUCAGUUAACACUUUUAGAUAUAUCAAGCAACAAAAAUUUGCCCUGUGUCCUCCUUGAAUUUUAUAAAGCAAUUUUACUGUCACGCCAGUAAAAUGUAGUUAAUGGAACGUGACGCUAGUUAUCAGUAACCCAUUCAUGGCGGCUCUUUUUCAACAAAGCAAGUGUAGUCAAGCUGCCAAGGUCAGCGAACUCUAAGAUGCAUUGUCUUCUAGCGUAGAACUUUACGGCCUUGUUGUCUUAAGCAGGCUAGUACGAGCCACAGCAUUGGCCAAUAUUUUCAAAGCACUAUUCAUGGUUAAGAGUUUGCACAUGCAACGCUGAGCUGUCUUGUAGUACAGCCUUUGCUACUGGCUAUGCCAGCAGACAUGCGUCUAGCUAUAAAAGCCUAGAACAACUGUUCAGAGUUCACUUGGGUUCCAGUGUUCAGCAAGGUUUAAGCGCUCAGUAUACUAUUCUUGUAAAAUUUUUCCCUCCCUCUCUCCCUUUGGAGACGAGUUUUGGGCUUUGUUUUGUGCUAUGCCUUCAAAUAAACUAGGGACACUCCUCGCAGUGCGGUUAAGUUUGCGCAGCGACUUCCCCCAAGCUUGUUGAGCCGCAUUGCCGUUUAAUAUCGCCUGCACACCGAUACUCUUGUCCGAUCCAGCACGUGCUGUAUUCGGCAGGACUUUUCCGCGGGUGGCGGGUGACGGGUGAGGGGUAGCGGGUGACGGGUGACGGGUGACGGGUGGCGGGUUAAAAAUAUAUAUGAAAAUAAAAUAUUAUAACAAAAUAUUAUUAUUGAUAAUGAUAUAACUGUAUGUUGUAAUUUUGACAUUAUUUCAACGUUUACGUACUAGUUACCAGACUCCAAAUAAAAGUAUUGUCUUGUUUUGUUUUAUCUACUUUAAUACGCGGACUAAAAAUGGAAAAAAAACGAGAAAUCAUGCCUGUGAAAGAUGAUUGCACUUCCCCAACUGUUUAGCCGUGUUUAUAACAGACUGCAAGAGAUUCGGCCUCCCGUGUCGUAGCUCAGUUUUUGCCCUAGUAUGCGGCAUGAUUGCCAUCCUAAUUUUUUUUUUUGAGUAGUAUUUAAAAAAUGCAGAUCCUUUUUGUAUAUAUGUAGAAGGAGAUCAAUUCGCGUCUGAGCCCCCACAUGCGGCGAAAACGGUCCAUGCUGUGUCCAAAACGUUCUUGCUCCUUCUCUGGUACGCAUUAACAUUGACAGCUUUGUUGCUUUAGCCUUAGGAAAAUUUCCUUGUUUUCUCGAAAUAGACACUUUGUUCAUUUUAAACUACAAGUCGGAAACCAAAUUGACAAAGAUUUACAAACGCACUUGUCAAAAAUCUGAGACACUGUUCAAAUAUGUCGAGAAGAGAAUGCGAUCUUACUUGUCUGGUCGGAGGAUAAAUAUUACUUUAAUUUUUAUGAGUUCCUCAAGCUAUCUCGUCCAUGCGAUAUCGGGUAGAAUAAUAGAAUCUCUUGCAGUCUGUUAUAAACACGGCUAAACAGUUGGGGAAGUGCAAUCAUCUUUCGUCUUAAAGUGGAAGAAAAAGCAAACUAGACAAACAAGAUCGACACGUGUCAUGUGUCUUGCUUGACAUAGCCCAUUUUCAUUUGACACACCGCGUGUAGCCUGACGAAACGUCACUUGCGGUGCGGAGCAAGGAGAGGUGACUGUUUUCACAGGCAUGAUUUCUUUUUAGUCCGCGUAAGUAGAUAAAACAAAACAAGACAUUACUUUUAUUUGGAGUCUGGUAGCUAGUACAUAAACGUUGAAAUUAUUUUAAAAUUACGACAUACAGUUAUAUCAUUAUCAAUAAUAAUAUUUUAUUUUCAUAUAUAUUUUAAACAGCCACCCGCCACCCGCCACCCGUCACCCGUCACCCGCUACCCCUCACCCGCCACCCGCUAUCCGCCACCCGCCACCCGCUACCCGUCACCCGUCAACCGCCACCCGCCACCCGCCACCCGCGGAAAAGUCCUGCCGUGCUGUAUUGCAUUCAGCUCGUAGUGCUGGGGAGAUAAGUGAGGUUCUUUGCCCAUGCCAUCGCCGGAAGUCGCAAAGGCUAACCUAGCGCAAGGCAGUGCUCCCCCAUUAUCGCCAACUUUUCAUUAUUUGUUUUAUAAUUAAGUCACUUCGCGUUUAGCAUGCAUCAUAAAGGAGCAGAGACAUUAAAUGCAAAUUUAUUUCUUAAAUAAUCAAGAAUUUCGCAAAAUAAAAAUUACACAGGUCUAAACCUGUUCUAUCAAGCAAGAGCUGAGCUUUCAGAAAAUUGAUAUCCAAGGUGUCAAUUUAUAUCACAGUCUCAAAAAUUCAAGAAUUACAUAUUUCCGGCUUUAUGUCAAUAGCUAGGAAUGAAAAAAAAUUGAACUGACUUAUACUUCGAUUGUUCAUUUGCCUUUAAAUCCCCAGCAGUAUCCAGUAAAUUUUUCCUGAGAUUUAAAGGUGGAAUUUUUUUGUAAUGCCCUGUAACUUCAGGCCACCACCAAAAAUUCCAAAAUAUUCUGGGAAUUGCCAGGAAUUUGAUACAUUUUAAUUACCUUAACAUUAUGUUAGUAAACCUGGCAAGUUUCAGUGCGGUAUUAUAAAUCCUCACCUUUUCACAUCGAUUUGUUUUCAGUCAUGGGUCCAAAAAAUUGCCCUUAAUUUAAUCUGCCCCUAAUUUUUGUCAUUCUGCAGCGCUGUUUUGUUUGUCACCAUCUUGAAUUCUUACGAGUAAGCCGCUGGUCUUGAUGUUUGUUGUGACACUUACCCAAUUGUAGCACGGAACGCGGCAAGAAAAUGUGAAAAUCUUUGUUUGAACUCGUUUCAUGACAUCCUCUCAAUAUGGCGUCGUAAACAAGGUUUUAGCCUUAAAGCAACGUGUUAAGUUGCAUAAUACGUCAUUUAACUGCGGCCUUAUCUGUCAUCGACCUUGCAAGGAUCAUACCUAAUGUGUCUCAAGAAGACUUUUUACAGCCUUGAAAAUGAUUUAGAAAUAUCAAAACAAUCAUACUUUAUUUGGGGAAGCACAGUGUAAGUGAAUUCUGCCAUAGUUUGCCCUAGCUUACUUGAAACUCGUGAUGCAUUAUUGCGUGUCAGGUUGUGAAAAUUGCAACAUUUCUGUCAACAAUGAAUAGUAUCCCAUCGGAUUUCAGGCCUGUGAUUAUUAAUAUUUCCAAAAUAGCGCUCUUAGAUACCAACUUUAGCCUUCGUUUUCUCAGCUUCUUUUUGACGAAAAUGCUUCAUUUUUGGAAUUUGAGUUCAGGUUAAGAGUAUGCUUCAAAUAAGUAAUUUUAUAAGUGUGAUCAUUUUUUGACUUUAUAGUAGUUCUAAUACCUUAAGCACGGUGCCCACUAAUGGGAAGUAUUUUUUCCCAGAUAAUGACUAUGUGAGACAAGUAGAUCAGAUCAGCGGCUAUUAAAAUCCAAAAACAAAACUGGGGGUAACCGCGCAUUUUAAAGAGAUAACUGCGCUUCGAUAUGGAGAAAAAUGCUGAAUAGGCAUUAUUUUUUUAGAAAAAUGAUAAAAAGUUAUUUUUUCCCCAAAUUUCAGAUUGUACACUUAAACUGGCACAAAUGCAAUGAUAAUUGCAACAAGGUUUCAAAAUAAGCAACAAAUGAUAACAUAACAACUGCUCUUUAUACGCCUUUUUUUGAAAUAUCAGCACAACUGGGAAGUUAUUAGCAGUUACCCCUCUCCACGCGUUUUCCUUAAAAAUAGUGCAAACGACAUUUUCCCCGAACCAAAAAUUGACCGUUUGCUGAGUAGGCUUAUUACUUUCAUUUGGUAAGAUAAAAACUAGGGGUUACCAUGCGUUUUUAGAAGUUAAAUUGGUUGGUUUCGACCUUAACUUAAUCUCUUUGGGGGUUAUUUACAAUUUUUCCCAUCCCCUCCAUGGUCAGUUUCACUAUUGCUUCACUCAAUAUGGAGUACUCUGGGAUAUCCACAAUGGCUGACAGUCAGAGAACAACAACUCACGGAAGAGAGCAAAAACAGAAAGUGGAGCAGGACAUUUCAUGGACUAUAAGGAAAACAAAUUAUACUAUUUCAUUCAACUGGAGCUUCUCCGUCUCAAAAAUUUAACAAAAAUUUUUGGAGAAGAGCAAUCCAAGGUAUUAAGGACGGUGCCCACUAAUGGGAAGUAUUUUUUCCCAGAUAAUGCUGACUAUGUGAGACAAUUAAGUAGAUCAUAUCAGCGGCUAUUGAAAUCCAAAAAGAAAACUGGGGGUAACCACGCAUUUUUCAGAGAUAACUGCACUUCAAUAUGGAGAAAAACGCUGAAUAGGCGUUUUUUAGAAAAAGGAUAAAAAGUUAUUUUUUCCCCAAAUUUCAGAGUGUGCACGUGAACUCGCGCAAAUGCAAUGAUAAUUGUAACAAGGUUUCAAAAUAGGCAACAAAUGAUAACAUAACAACCGCUCUUUAUACUUCUUUUUUUGAAAUCUCAGCACAACUGGGAGGUUAUCAGCAGUUACCCUUCUCCACGCGUUUGCCUCAAAAAUGGUGUAAACGACAUUUUCCCCGAACCAAAAAUUGAUUGUUUGCUGAGUAGGCUUAUUACUUUCAUUUGAUAAGAUAAAAAGUAGGGGUUACCACGCGUUUUUAGAAGUUGAAUUGGUUGGUUUCGACCUUAACUUAAUCGCUUUGGGGGUUAUUUACAAUUUUCCCCACCCCCUCCCCGGUCAGUUUCACUAUUGCUUCACUCAACGCGGAGUACUCUGGGAUAUCCACAAUGGCUAACAGUCAGAGAAAACAACAACACACGGAAGAGAGCAAAAACAGAAGGUGAAGCAGGACAUUUCAUGUAUCCUAAGGAAAACAAAUUAUACUAUUUCAUUAAACUGGAGCUUCUCCGUCUCAAACAUUUAACAAAAAUUUUUGGAGAAGAGCAAUCUCCAAGGUAUUAGAGAUUACUUGCAGCGCACAUAGAGUAGUGUGGCGAGCUGAAGAUCUAAGGCUGGCGCGGUAAACAAACCACUGAACUGUAGUGGAAAAUAGUCGACAGGGACUCUUAGACAGGUACUCCUUCAAUCAUUUGUUUACCUGUACAUGUCCCAAAGAUUUUUUUAACUGUAGAUGUAAUAUGGAUUGUAAACCUUCUAUCGUUUUUUAUCAUUUUACCGGGUACCUCAACCGAAUGUGUUAUUCAACUUGCAUGCAUUCAGUGAGCUUAUAUCUAUGCUUUGCGCUAUCUCUUACAGGCUUUGCCACAAGUUUCAUGUGACAUAAAUUUGCAUAUAUAGUCUCAAGUUCCAUACAUGAUCAUGAGCUCUCUUUUAAAAAAGCUGAAUACUGCGAAAGUAGUUGUACCGAAUGCAUUUAUGUACCCUCAUAUAUAAACUGGGCUAUAAAUGAUAAUUUUAUAUAUUUCGUUUUGAUUUUUUUACUGUAGCAUUCCGUGUCAUGUUCAUUCACUAUUUUUCGCUCCUAAAUGUUAAUUUUAGACUUUACAGUGUCUGUUAAACGUAAGAAAGUCUUAGAAUGGAAAUACUUUAUUCAACUUCCAUCUUUAGUUGGUAAACAGCAAAAUGGCAGCUAUGUCUAAAUGUCCAGAUUAUGUGUGGCGUGAAAUUGAACCUUAAGAAAUACUAUCUACGCAACAAACUACCCAGUGAGUCAAUAAUUUUAAUGCUUAGUACUGCCAAAAUAAUAACAAUGAUAAUAGUAAAAAGCAUAACAAUUUUUUACGAUUUUUCCACGAUGAAAGCGUUUCCUUUGCGGUCCGCAACUAUUUGUGAAGCUGCGAUCUCAGCAAUCCAAGCAAUCUUCUGAUAGUUUUUUCUUGUUUGUUCGACAAAUAAAAGCCUAAUGGACUCUUAAUAAAAGGGUCAUCUGUAUGUAGUCAAAUGCUUUAAGUCUAUCUUCUGGAGAAUAAUUACAUAAAAUCUUACAAAAUUAAAGAAAUAUUUGGGAAAGUGUUCAUAGCCGAUUAGCCGAUAAAACGCGAAGGACGCGAGUGAAAGGUAAGCUUGCAGUUUCUCGAUUAAGCGGAGGACUUAGAGCUAUUUUCCUUCUGAUUUACUGAUCCUUGCCUAUUAAGGGAUUGUUUAAUACCCAAGCUCCAAGUGUAACAUCUCGAAGCAAUAACUUUUGAUGUUUUAGAAUUGACUUUUGUUUGACUCUAAAAUGUUUGUUCAGAUCGACCAUACGGCAGAAAUAGCAACAUGCGCAUACUUCUUCGGUUUUCAAAGAAGUGACAAGGUAAAGACAAAUUAUUUUUCAUCUGUUGAAAAACGACGCAUCUUUUUCACAAGAAAUAACUAGAACCUCCCAGACUUUAGUAGAGGAGACAAAACCAGUUCGCGUGUCCUGCGUGUUGUGCAUUUAAUUCUUUCGCGUUGCGCACGACUAUCUUAACAUGCGCAGAAACUGUGUGCAGUAACAAUAGUGGGCACCAUCCUUAAAUAAGUUGGUCUUGUGAUCUCUCUACAUGUAGCUGUCAAAGAUCAUAGCUGGUUUUGUUUAUAUUUUCGUUAGGUUGCACCUUUAGUAAACAAGUCAUGUGAAACCUUGUGCAAAAAGCUUGAAAAAAUUGUUGAGUCUGGAGACAAAGCUAAUAUGUGGAGGUAAUUUUAAAGUGCACAAAUUUAUUUAUUUUCAGCUCUUAAAAUUGCACUAGCCUACAACCAGUUAGUCAUGGGAUGCAGGCUCAAUAUGAUAUUGGCCGUUUUUAUGCGUUUUAAGGUGGCUCCGUGAUUAAUACAAGAGCAUUUAGCUGUGACAAAGUUUCCGUCAUAACUUUUUCGAUUUUAACGCGAUGGCUGCGAAACUUUGCAAAGAACAACAGAUAUCAUUCGGCAAUAAUACGAAAUAUUCCGAUUUCAUUGAUGGUAAAUAUUUCUUGAGAAAUUAGCACUUAAAAGGACCCUAAUGUUCAAAGAAAAUCGCGUCUAGUAAAAAAUUUUGCUGAUAUGUUUUACUGAAAUUUCUGGUAUCGGCUUUAAUUGAUAUAAUAAAUAUGCCAGACGAAUUUCAGAAAAAUCGUUGGAGCAGAAGUCCGUAACUAAAAGUCGCUCAAAAUUCAGCUGUGAAAUUGUUUUGGAAUUUCAAAAAUAAAUUACUAUCAGGUAGAAGGAGACACAGGUUUGAAUUUUCUGGACAAGUAAAUUCAGUGUUUGCUAAUUCUGAAAACAAAAGCCGAUUGCCUAUCGUGCUAUUCUUUAAAAGGUACUUUUUAGUUUUAGAAGCACUAUAAAUUGCUCCAAACCUUGCUCUGAAGUAGAAUUACUUGUUUUUCGACAGUUUUAAAACAUCCCUUGGCAGUUUUGGCUCAAACUCCUGCUGCAUACAUUUUGAUGUAUUACAAUGCAUUUUUAACGACUUUUACAGCUGUUCGUUGCUUCCAACUCAGGAAAAAAGUAUUGAGAUUGGACGCUACCUCCUAUCAGAGCUCAGAUGGAUAGCAGGAGUUUGAACCAAAACUACCAAGGGAUAUUUUAAAAAUGUCGAGGAACAAGUCAUUCGACGUCAGAGCAAAGCUUGGAGCAAUUUAUAGUGCUUCUAAAACUGAAAACUAUCUUUUAAAGAAUAGCACGAUAGGCAAUCGGUUUCUGUUUUCAGAAUUAGCAAACACUGAAUUUACUUGUCCCGAAAAUUCAAACCUGUGUCUCCUUCUUCCUGAUAGUAAUUUAUUUUUGAAAUUCCGAAAACAAUUUCACAGCUGAAUUUUGAGCGACUUUUAGUUACAGACUUCUGCUCCAACGAUUUUUCUGUAAUUCGUCUGGCAUAUUUAUUAUAUCAAUUAAAGCCGAUACCAGAAAUUUCAGUAAAACAUAUCAGCAAAAUUUUUUAUUAGACGCGAUUUUCUUUGAACAUUAGGGUCCUUUUAAGCGCUAAUUUCUCAAGAAAUAUUUAUCAUCAAUGAAAUCAAAAUAUUUCGUAUUAUUGCCGAAUGAUAUCUGUUGUUCUUUGCAAAGUUUCGCAGCCAUCGCGUUAAAAUCGAAAAAGUUAUGACAGAAAAUUUGUCACAGCUAAAUGCUCUUGUAUUAAUUACGGAGCCACCUUACGUCGUUAAGAUGUAUUACAUCUGAGACAUUAGUGAACUUUUACGCAACAGGACGGGAGAGGAAAGAAGACGGCAAACGUUGUGUGACAAACGGGACAAUAUUUUGUUUGAAAAAUUUUCCGCCAAGCUAUCUUUUUGUAAAAGACCAGAAAACAUUAGUGUUAAGUGAAGAUAUCGACAAAUCGGCAAUUAUUUAUAGGCCUAUCAGGUUUGUCACACAGAAGCGUUUUGCCGUCCUCUUCUCCCUGCCAUCCUAUUGCGUAAUGUGUAGUUCCUGGAAAUAUCCAUACUCCCCCCACAGAAGGGAUUGGAAAUUCCUGGGGGGUGGGGUUUCUCAAAGGCCCAAAAAUUUAAGUAAAUGUAUGAUGCUUGACUGGAAUUUCCAGAGAGGUGGGGGGUCUAAGAAAAAAUCCCUUCCAUGGGGGAGGUAUGGAUAAUUUUUGGAACCACACAAUCUCUCUAUUAAAGUCAUCAAGAUACAUUAAAGGUCUGAGACAUUGAAGUCAGCUGGUCUAAAAAUGGGACACAAAGUAGAUAACAACAAUGGAACACACGCAAAAAACAGGUUUUUCUGAAAAAAGUCAAAACACUGAAUCUUCCCAGUCAUUUCUGGAGGAGUUGGGCAUAAAAUGCGUCACGUUUUAUACUAGAUGCAUUUAAGGUGAUUCCCUAGUUUUGCACUGCGCAUCUCUUACUGCGCAUAACAAGAUGGCCGCCGUAAACAACAGCAUGUGAAGUAAUAUUAUUAAAAUGAAGUUGACUCAAGAGAAACGCUAUUGGAAUUUUUGCUUGCUGUUGUUUCUUGCCAAGGAGAGACUCAAUGUGUUGGGAAUGUGCAUAACGUAAGCAGUACGCGUGUUGCUGAGUUCGACUUCCUCUCGGAGAACCUCGAUAGUGGAUGUUUAACUUGUUCUUACUCACUUUGAUUUUCAUUUAAACACUUUCUUUAUCACAUUGUAUCCUAAAUGAGAUAUCUCGAUGUAAAUUCUGUAAAAACGGAUUUUUUAAUACUUUCUUCCCCCUUUCACAUACAUUCUAUUUUGAAACUCGCCCCAGUCCUCUCUCAAAAAUCGGAGAAAAUGCGUUUGGUGCGCACUUUCUGCAGCUCUACCGCAAAAACGAGUACGGUGACCCCCAUUUUUUAUUUCAUGAUUUUAAUAAGGACAGUGCUUCCUUUCGAUGAGAAAAAAAUUGGCACAAAUCUGUGUUCAGUUUUUUGGCAAUUUUACUAAAUUGUACGGAUUGAAAAGCGCGCGCCCAAUUUAAUUCUACUUUGGAGCGAAACGUAAAAACAAGGGCAUUAAAAGGCAUUUUUCUGGUACGUGAGUGGAUAAACAAUACAUUAAAGUCAAAUUCUGUGUGAUGCCACAUGCAUCAUCGAAAAAAUCUUUCCUUUUUGUCUAGUUUUGGGCUGCCCGCGGUUUUUGUAAAAGGGUCAUAAAUAGCCGUAUUUGUCAGCAUUGUGACGUCAAAACGAGUACGGUGACCCCCACUUUUUAUUACUUUUUUAUCAUCUUCUUGACUUGUUACAUCAGUGUACCAAGUUUUAGCUACAAUGUAUGUUAGGUUCUUUUACUAUGGAAUCACCUUAACAUCUGAGUCAUUCAUGUUCUCUGUUGAAUGCAUCGUUCAGAUUGGUAAAUGCGUCUAUUCAAUUUACCAUUUAUAUAUAUUACUCCUGUUAAAGUUGUCCAAAGACGACUUUAACAUUUCACUCAACUUCAAAGUUUUUAGCAUAAAAAUGGCCAUUAUAUUGUCUACAAUGGUAGUCCCAAGACAUGCUGAACUUCAUAUCCAUUAAAGUAGCAGUCUUCCCGCCGUUAAAAAGGAGCCGAAGAAGGUACGUAAUUUGUGUAGAUACAUGUAGUUUUUGAUAAAAUACUGAGCUGAGUGAAGUAGUUUAUCAGGUAGAAUUUGAUUUCUUGACUUGUCUUUAUAAGGGUUUAUGGCAAGUUUACCAUGGAAGUGAUAUUGUCAACAGCAUUUGGUGUCCAACGUGAUGUACAAACGGAUCAGGAUGAACCAUACACUCCAAAUGCAGCACUGCUGUUCAGACAGCCUGCAGUUUCUAUUAGUCUGAGUAAGUACAGUAAUGACAGCAGGUGCUGUGCUGUGCUUACCGAUUACUCUGACUCUCAUGUCUCGCCCCAUGUAAGGGAAUCCGGAUUCCGGAAUCCAGGAAUUUUUUGCUUGUGGAAUCCGGAAUCCUGGCUUUGGAAUCCGGAAUCCCGCUAAAGAUUGGAAUCCGGAAUCCAACUUACUAAAGGUCCACUCCAGAUUAAAUUGAGGUACUCGCUCAUAAGAAAGACCAUCCGUGGGGGAGAAAUGAAUGCGUGACGAACGAGCCCCAAAAGACGUCUGCGGGGAGGCUAGUCUAUGGACAGCCUCCCGAGGGUAUAGACCUGAACGUGACGACAUAAUAUCGGCAUAUCUGGUUUCAAAACACUAGUUCGCGAGCUCCAUAUGAAAGGUGGAGGUCACGGCCCCGGUCACGGCCACAUGAUUAAAAUUCUAUAAUAGCGAGGGAACCCUUGCUUAUGAGCGGCUGGGAGGAUCACAAAAUUGGGGGGUUUUCAAGGGAACAUAGCGCAGCCUUUUUAAGAUUCAAAUUGAAUUGUUAUGAAUAACUUCGACCUCUGGCUAUGUUUGAUUUUAUGCGAGCUUUUUUACUUGGCAUAGGACUGGAAAAGGUGCACCUGGGGUGAACCUUUUCUUGAACCUUCCUGGUCCUCCUGGUUCACAAAUGAAAGUAAACGUUUACGUUCAACAGUUUACCUAAAAGGAAAAAAAAAAGAAAUUCACAGUCUCCUAGUGCCUAAUUUGGUCCAAGUAGUUUCGCUGAGAACAGUUUCAUGGUUUCGAUAAUCUUUAUUUGAGAAAUAAGCCAGGAACUGUCACUAAAGUAAUCGCGUACAAGGACGCGGUGGGUGCCUUUUUCAUUCAUCCCCCGGCAUUCGAGUGAAAUCUCGCCACCUCUUCGAUCAGACCAGUUUGAAGUUUGUUGUUUGUUGGAUUUUUCUUUUCUACUGUAAUUGGAAAGCACAAGCAAAAACAAAAGGCUGAGAGACAAAGGUACCUGUAAUACUGCGUUGUGAAAUUUUAUACCAAUUUUUAGCUGACUGCGAUAGAUCUAAACGUGCCAAAGGCAAAGAUGAUUUUUCGUUUGUGUCUCAGUAAUUGAAUGUAAUAUAAAUUUUACGUCGUCCCUGGGGAAAAUAUCGUAUACAUUGUUAACCGCUUAAAAUGAGCCAACGUGUCAGAACCCGCAAGUCUCUCUCGAUCUCUGAGUCAUCUCACACUCGAUCGAGGAUCAGACGGACUUUCCAUGUUUGGUUCUACAGUUGUGAUUAGGCCUCGUUCGUAUUGAGGUCGCUUUUGGAAAUUAGACCGAUCUGAGAUCGGUUUAGCCCGUAUUUUUUUAUUUGAAAUGAAUCCUGGAGCCACCUAGAACGCGCUAAUGUGAAAUAAAGCUCGCGGGGGAUUUCAUAAUCUCACACUCAGAUCUACUUAUUACUUAUUGAUGAAGCCAAAGGUGAGAUCUGGUCAAAUCCGAUUUUGUACCCGUGAUUGCCUCUCAGGAAUGUGACAGGCCAUGAAAGAGCAUAUGCUUGAAAUUAAUCCUAAAUUUUUGACGUGUUAAACAACGAAUUUGAUAGAGCCGUGAAGUUUUUUCUAUCCAAACGUGGUUAUGCGCGCAUCUUAAGUAUGAACCAACAAAUUUGUGUGUUCUUUUUUAUAUUUUUAACAUCGAAUUCAACGCGACAACCGGGGCCAGAUCUCACCUUUGGCGUCGUCAACAAGAGAUCUGGGUACGAGAUUAGGGAUUUCAUUGACCUCUAGGGCGAGGGGGGAGGGGGUGGUUUGCUCUCGCAUGCUGUCCAGCAAGGAUGCUUGCGUAGCGUAAGUCAAUAAAAAACAAACAAGUUCAGCUGUACAGUUUUGACUGAACGCGGGCAAAUCAGGCUAUCUUUGACUACGUUUUGAGCCGUGUGAUUUAAAUGGUUCAGCAACGACGAGACCAAGUAACUGAUAGUUUUGGGCUUGCAGACUGUCAAGAGUUACUGACUUUUUAUCUUUAUUUUGACCAGUCAAAAACGUCAAGACGUGACAGCGUAAAAAUUUAUUUAGUGGAUCAACGUGGUCCGGCCACUAUCCGAAAUUUAUUUUGAGCUAUGUUAUCAUUCUUAGACAAUUAUGUGACACAGUCAACUUUAGUCACCUGUUUAGUCACUUUAGGGCCGCGCUGACCGGGACACCACUUUUGUCAGCUUGAAGUCCAAUUUAAUCUUCUGUAGUGCUCUUUUUGAUUGUCAAUCUUUCACCGAGUAUAUAUGCUUAUCCCGUCCUAGGAGAAGUGUAUUGUUUUGUAUUUGGCUAAAAUUCGUGUCUUACGAGUCAUAUGAGAAAGUGUGAAAGCAAUUCAGUUAAGAAGUGAUAUCUAAUGCGCGUGUUCUACAGCUUACUGUGUCUCUAUAAAUGAAAGUUUUACAAAAGAGCGGUGACCGAAUUUAGUUUUUUGCGCUAUGAAAAUGAUUCCAAUAACAAGUAGAAAAAGAACGAAAAACAAUGUAUUGAAACAUGUUAAGAACCAAGCUUUUCUUCGUCAUAGUUUGGAGGUGCUUAGCAAUUGGCGGCUUUUAGCGUUUUGUUCAGUUCUAUUACUUCGAAAUACUGUUUUAAUGUUCCAAAAGAAUUUGCAAACAUGAUUCGACGUAGCCUGUUCCAGGCGUUCGGACGGGACAAGGAAAACUACGAAUGUAACGACAUACAAACAAAAUGAACCUUCUAUUAUGUUAUUGGUGGAUAGCAAAAGACUGGAUUAACCUUCGCUGGUUUCGCUGGCAUAGAUAGAAAAAAUUGAUUUGGAGUUACACACGAACUUUCUUAAUUAGGCCGUUUUCUUGCAAAUGCAGCUCGAUUUUCGCUGGCAAUGACUGUACCUUUUCCCAAUACUUUAUUAUGUAGCAAUCAAAUGAAUAAACUUGAAUAUUUAGGAAUAAUUUGCAAGAGUUCUUCUGUUUCUGCUAAUUAAGCAUUUUUCUAUCUGCAUAACUGAAAAUUCGAGAAAAUAGAGUUCGCAAAAAUAGAGUAAGUGAAAAAUAGAGUCUUCAGGUCAGUCUCACUCUCUACUAAUCACUAAACCAGCUCGCAGAUCCGAGAUCCCUAUUCAUAUGGAGAUUUAGACUAGAUUAAUCGAAGGACAAAAUUUAAAAUUGCGAUGUUGGUGUUUCGCCACGUUUUUUUGCGGUGAUGCGAUGUUUGUUAUUUUUUUCCGCGGUGUUGCGGUGUGGACAGUCCUCCAAUUUCCCCCUCAUUAUUAUACCUUAAACCCUUACGGAACAUUAAUACAUUUCCUCACGUAAUUUAUAAAUCGAAAAAGAAAACAAACUUGUUAUGCAUUCUAAACAACGUCUUUCAAUAUAGCAAGAUUCGAACACGAAAACGAAAUGCGAAGAAAAGCAUUAAAAAAGAAAAAAAUUUGGAAUCCAGCCCUUUUUGGAAUCCGGAAUCCACUGAGCUGGAAUCCGGAAUCCAGUACUCGGAAUCCGGAAUCCACAGGGUGGAAUCCAGAAUCCAAGACUGUCAUGGAUUCCCUUACAUGGGGCGACAUGUCUGCAUGUGGGCUUAUGACAUUGAUCUCAUGCAUCAGGGACAAUUCCUCAUGCCCAACUCUUUAAUACGUGAUUGGUAAUGAAACUGCAAUUCUGUUUCCCUGAAAUAUGCCAAAAAGGCACUAUAUAAAUGUUGACUUUAAUGUCCUAACUUUAUCACAACGUGUAUAAAUGUUGCGUUUUAAAUAGCUUUGGGACUGCUCAAAGGUCAUCAAAACAUCUUUGGACAUGUUUUCGGAAGUCUUCAGAAAAUUGUCAGAAAUGUUUGUAAAUUCCAGUAAUGACAAGACAAAAACCUCACACAUUAACUCAGAAAAAGUUGGCAGGUGUACAGUACUGCAUAAAAGUGAGUGACUACCCUCUAGCAAGAUGAGAGUUCAGCCUAGGGUUGGGCAAGCAUAACCCCUAGAGGAGACUAUUCUCUUGCAAGAAGGCUAAAACCCUGUACAGCAUGUUGCCCAGUAUCUGGCCACUUAAGACAAAAACUCGAUUUUUGCAGCACCCUAUCUAGUUUUCGGUAAACAAAGUAUUUCGAAUAGAAGCUGAAGAUUUCAGCUUUAAAAUGCAAGUUUUGGCGGGUUUACAGCUUGAGAACAGUCGCAGAAGGUGCCGUUCUGUUCAGGUGAGUAAACUUUUCAUGGCUAAUAUUUGCGCUGUUUACUGCGCAGUAAAACUAGUGGUGUUCAAAUAAGGGUUUGUAAUAUGUGAUAUUUUAAAAGAAACUGUUUUAUAUUAAAAGUGAAGAUACUUAAAGAAGUCAGGUUGUCAGAAAAUUCAUUAAUUCUUCUUGAAAUUCAAUCUGUUUGGAAUAGCAGAGGCUACUAUUUAUCAUAAUAUAAAUAAUUACUGCUGCAGAAUGAGGUAAAAUGAGAUCGGAAUUUAAAAAUUAAGAAACCUUGUACCUAAUAUUAUAAUAGAGGUUAUUGCCUGACUAAUAGUUACUAUAAUUUCUUUUACUGGUAAUCCCAGACCAUAAUAUUUGAUAAAACAGUUUAACUUGAGACAGUUAAAUAAAAUUAAGAUGGAAUCAAUCAGGAAAUUGAGUAAUUUCAAUUUUCAGUGGACAAAAACCUUGUACCAAAAUAAUUUAAACAAUAUCGCAUUCUUUUUUACAUAUUUCAAGGGCUAUAGAUAUAAUUAGUUAUCUGUAAUAACACCAAAGACUAUUUCUCAUGGGAGCCAGAGAAAACAAGAAUUGUUAAAACACAGGUAAAAUUCUGUAAGAUGUCAUUUUGUGAAAUCUGACAUUUAUUUUCUCAGGCUCUUAUAAGCAAUUUUCUUUCGUGUUAUUACACAUAACUACAUGUAAUUACAUCUAUAGGCCUUGAAAAAUGUAAAAAAAGAAUGCAAUAAUUGUUUAAAUUAUUGUGGUACAAGGUUUUUGCAGUCCACUGAAAAUUAAAAUUACUCAAUUUCCUGAUGUAUUCUGUCUUAGUGUUUCAGAGUAGACGUAUAUAUAAUUUGGAGUUUCCUUUGUUUGUUGAUAUAAUUCAGUAUUUCUACUUUAAGGAAAAAAGCCACCCACUGUUAUAUUAAAAUGUUACUUUUCUUUCUUUUGCAGUGAUAUUUCCUUUUUUAAGGCCAUUAUUCAAGAUUUUUGGGACAUUGUUGAUCGGCUCUGGCGCAACAGAGCAAGCAAAAGCAGCACAGUUUAUGAUAAAUACUGCAAGGAACGUGAUUGAAUUAAGAAAGCAAACUGGCAUGUCACAGGUAUAUUAUUAUAGUUGACCUUGACAUUGGGUAUGCUGUGGUAUCACAAUCCUGGUCAAAGACUAAAUUGUGGCGUUGAUCGAGGGUGAUGGGUUGCGGGUGCAAAUAACUUCAAAUCUGUAAGUGGUCAAAAGCAAGAAAACUGCAUGUAUCAUAAUUGCUCAGAAUUAUCAAAAACAUAUACAAAGCUUUUUUGUAGGCCUACAGAGUGUCUUGAGGAUACACCGUGUGAACAUAAUAUUAAUAACAACAUUAAUGGAUUUUGGUGAUACAUUGAAAACACCAAAACUUCCAUUUUGAGAAGAUAAUGUAAAAAAUAAUAUUGAUUUCACUUGCAUGGUUCAGUUACAUUUCCAGUCUUUGAGUACCCUCAGCUGUAAAGCUAUAGUAAUUUUUAAUUCAAAAUAUUUUCGUUGUUUUAAUCCCCUGCCUAAUUCUUCAGGUACUGAUGAAAUAUGGAAGGAGCAAGAAAUAUUGCCUAGUCCCUCUAUAGCGUUUUGUCAGGCCUCCUCAGUCAAUUCACUUUGGUGGCGUAUCCAAGGCGAACGGGCGGGAAACUCUUCUCCGCCUGGACCACGUGACCUGAAAUGAAUUGGCCGCACGGAAUAAUGAGGCCUAGGGACUAGGCAACAAGAAAUGUACACAAUUUAUUAUUUAUACAAUUGUAUAAGCCAAUAUACAAUCUCAACCUCAUCUUUCAGACCUUGUAGAACUGCUUGUAGUAGUGAUCAAAAGGUGUUGUUACAGUAUUAUAUAAUUAGGUGGUGUCCAUUAGGACAUGUGGCACUACCAUCUUUUAAACUUGCAGAUCGAGAGAAAAGAUCUGUUGGAGCUGAUGCUUAAAGCAGAAAUUAAAGACAGUGAAGGUAAACAAGUGAGCAAACUCAGUGAGGAUGAAGUUGUGGCACAGAGUUUUGUAUUCCUCUUGGCUGGAUAUGAAACAACCAGCAAUACUUUGUCAUAUGUAACAUACUGUUUGGCAUUGAAUCCUGAAGUGCAAGAAAAACUCAUCAAGGAAAUUGACGAUGCUGUUGGCGACAAUGUAAGUGCAAAGUCAGAAGGCAAGGUGAAAGGUGACAAAUUAAGUGAAAUUAGGGAAUAAUUUCACAUGCAUUUUAGGCGAGGGAUAUUCAGGGCUCGAAAAAAGUCCCAUCCGGUCGUCCACGACAGGUAGUUUUUGGCUUCGGGCAAGUUACGUUCCUGGCUAGCUUGCCUGACGGGCAAGGGCAUGGAUAAGCCUCCACCUUUAGCGGGUUCAAGAAAGCUUGUGAAAAAUAGAAAUUAGUUCAUUUUCGUGC